UUAGGAAAGGUAGUGACUUGCAUCAACUCCUGCCACUGUUAAUGAUUGUCUGCCAAGGUUGAACCCACCUUCUCACUGCUUUGGUUCAGAGUCCUGUUAUCAGGAGAGGGGGGCUGGGCUCCUCCAAAGCGAGACAACUGCGGAACAACACAUGGGUCUACUGUCAUAGGAUACUGCAGUGAGAUGUGGACUUCCUUACUCUGGGGGGCCUAACAAAACCAGAGUGAAUCUCUCAUUUAACACCCUUGAGGUUGUGGUGUCUAUAGCUAGGAGUGCACUUCCCUUUUGCCUCAGAAAUUAGAGAGGGUCAGCCAUUCCCAACAGAGGGAGUGCUAAGGGAUAGGAGAUUUGAGGUGAUGAAAUGUUUUCCCCUCAUAGCCUCCAUUUCCCCUCCCCACAUCCCUCAUCUAUUACUUUGUGAUCCUCUGAACUUGUACUAGCUCUGAAGUGGGUAGAGGUCACCCCCAUCAAUGAAGAAAUGUCCCAGAAAGGACUAGGCAUUACCUGGCCUCAAAUAUGUAAACUGCUCCCUUAAGACUAAGGGGAAUCAUUUGCUGUUUUUGUGGCAAAUGGGGCCUAGAAGAGACUCCCCAUCUUCCUCCAUCUGCCAGUAAAGCACUGGGGCAGUGUUGAGGCACUGAGGGCUGAGUUUCAGCAGGACGAGGGAGCCUGAGUACUGUACCGGAAGACACUUUGCACACAGACAUCAGUAGUUGCUGGCCUGCAAGGUCUCAACAAGGCUGGGUGACGCUCCAGAAUGGGAGACAAGCCAAUUUGGGAGCAGAUUGGAUCCAGCUUCAUUCAGCAUUACUACCAGUUAUUUGAUAAUGACAGAACCCAACUAGGCGCAAUUUACAUUGACGCUUCAUGCCUUACGUGGGAAGGACAACAAUUCCAGGGGAAAGCUGCCAUUGUGGAGAAGUUGUCUAGCCUUCCGUUCCAGAAAAUCCAGCACAGCAUCACGGCGCAGGACCAUCAGCCCACGCCAGAUAGCUGCAUCAUCAGCAUGGUUGUGGGCCAGCUUAAGGCUGAUGAAGACCCCAUCAUGGGGUUCCACCAGAUGUUUCUAUUAAAGAACAUCAACGAUGCCUGGGUUUGCACCAAUGACAUGUUCAGGCUUGCCCUGCACAACUUCGGCUGACCUCUUCCCAGCCAGGCACUCAUGCUGUUUCCUCCUCCCUCCUCUUCCCAAUACUAUUCGCACUCCUCCAGAUGCUCCAAAUAUCAUACACAAAUGAUCAGGGCUGAAGUGGGAGUGGGCGCAGUGCACUGCUGCUGCCUAGGUAUUGUGCAUGAUGUUUGGACACUAGACUAGUUACAUCUGACAGGAGAAGUUUGUGUUGUACCAGCGCAUGCCUUGGAAAGACUUAAGUAAUGCAAAAGGUUUUCUUUUUUUUUUUUUAAUCUACUGACAAGUUGCUCUAGUAACCCAAAGAAGUGAAGGAGAAAGCAGCUGCCUCACCGCCCAGAUAUUGAUUUGUUCAGAUGUUUCAAUGCCUCAUGAUACAAUAAAACCACAAAAAUUUUCUUAACA